AUGCUAGGAUAGUUUCAUUCGAAAUAUGAAAUAGAUGAAUUAUUUAGAAAAAUUAUUGAAGAUAAAUAUGAACUUAUGUAAAGAACAAAAGCUGAUAAUCCUAAUUUACUUUUACCCAAGGAUUUCAGCAAAUUUAUCACUGAACGAUUAUUUAUGGAUUUUUUAUUAACAAUUUAUGAUUACUGUGUAGAACUUCAUAAAUUAGAAAAAAAAUAAGCCAUUUUAGAUCUAUAAAGUAAAGAAAGAGUUGGAAUUGCUCCUAAAUUAUUAUCAUCUGAAACAGAUAAAAUAAAUUAAAAGUUAAAGGAGAUAUCUGAAAUAUAUACUUAAAUUUUAUUAAAAAAAGGCAGUUAUAAUAUCAUUAUCAGAGACUAAAAAUUCUUUGAGACUUUGAUUUAUUUUAUAACUUAAGUAAAAUUUUGAUUAAUUAAUUUAGGUUUUAAAAGAAGUCUUUGAAAAAAGUGAUUAUAAAUAUAUAGAGGAAGAAAUCAAUAGAAUUUUUAGAACUAAUCCAUUCAAUUUGUUAAAAAGAAAACAUAUUAAUGAAAAAAUAGAAUAAAAACAUUAUGGAGCCAAAGAUUUUAAAGGUGUAAAACAUGAUUUUAAUCCAGAUGAUGAUUUAUCAAAAAACGAUUUAAUAUAAAGAAUUUUAACAAGAAAGGGUAUGCCAAAAGUAUUAAUAUCUAAAAUUAUAGAGUAUAGACAGAGAAAUGAUGGUUGAAAAAUCAAAUUUAAAACCUUUCUUUAUAAAAUCAACUCGAUGUGCAGCAAUCAAAGCCAGAUCCCCAUUAAUUGCAGUUAUGUUUCCUUCAGCUAAAGAAAGAUUAUUUUAAAUGGAAAACGAAAGAAAAUAAAUGGCUUCAAAAUUUACUUAAAAAUAAAGAUUGGUAAAGGAUUAAGUUGAAUUAUGGAUUUAAGAUUUUGAAAAUAAAUAAGCAAGAAUAAAAAGUGAACAUGAGUAUACACUUGAUAAAUCAAAAAUUAAUAAAAAGGGAUCCUAAUCUUUUCAUUAAUGA